AGAAAUGAGACUGAGGAGGCUCCGUAUUUUUCCCCUGGGCGAUAGUUUUCAGCUCCGUUGUUAUUUUUGUCCGUGGUAGUGUCUUGAAUGUCACCUGUAACACCUGCGUAUAGGGACAGGGCUGCUUCUCCGGCAGAGCGGGCAGCGCUCAGCGCGAGAGCGAUACCGAGAGUCAGAGUGGGUGCAGCUCAGUGAGGCUGAGUGGGUGGGAGGAGGCGGUGGAUCAACAUCCUCAUCGUUUCAAUUCCUGCUUCUGACCGAGUCCGUAUCGAACAUGUUGCAUGGUCCGCUGCGGCUAUGAACACAUGUUACUCUUUACUCUUAGCUUAAUAAAAUCCAAAAUGCAGCGUCUGCCGUGUGCGCGGCUUGGCGCUGCCUGAUACAGCGGCGGCGGCGGCAGCGGCAGCGCCGGGCCUGCGUUUUUCUUUCAAUCUGGAAAUUUCUUGACUUCAGCAGUUACGCUUCGCUUGACCGAGCUAGCUUAGCUUCAUCGCCGCAUCCCUCCCUCUUCACUGCUGGCCCACAAACAGGCUACAACGAUGCGGACUUUAGCAGAGCCUUGAUUAUUGGGGGGGGGAACAACUUUUAUUUUCUGUCAAAAGGAGGGAGCUUCACAUUUUAUGGACCUGACGGUUAGCUAGUGGCAGCUGCUCAGCGCAAAGAAAUGUUCAAUUCGAGGCGGCUGCUGCGGUUGUCGAACCGCUCCUUCUUGGCCUUCAUUUUUUUCUUCUCCAUGUCUACGACCUGUCUGUACUUCAUUUAUGUGGCCCCUGGAAUAGCCAACACAUACUUCUUCAUGGUGCAGGCUCAGGGUAUAAUGUUACGGGACAACGUGCGGACGUUUGGUCAGAUGAUCAGAUCAUACACGAAUAAGAACACCACGCUCAAUGGCACAGAUUAUCCAGAUGGGAAUAACUCCAGUGAAUAUCUUGUUCAGCCGACUACAUACCUUCCUGAGAACUUCACCUAUGCUCAGAAUCUGCCCUGCCCUGAGCGAUUACCUUCUAUGAAGGGUCUUAUGGAAGUAAACAUGACUGAGGUUCCUAUGGAGGAGGUUGAACUGCGCCUUGGACAGCUAGGCAUUCGGUCUGGGGGUCACUGGAGACCUGAAGACUGCAAACCACGUUGGAAGGUGGCAAUUCUUAUCCCCUUUAGGAAUCGUCAUGAACAUCUCCCCAUCCUGUUUCAGCACCUCGCUCCUAUGCUGCAGCGUCAGCGCUUGCAGUUUGCAUUUUAUGUCAUUGAACAGACAGGUACACAGCCAUUUAAUCGCGCCAUGCUGUUUAAUGUGGGCUUCAAGGAGGCGAUGAAAGACCUGGACUGGGACUGUGUGGUGUUCCAUGAUGUUGAUCAUAUACCUGAAAAUGACAGAAAUUAUUAUGGUUGUGGACAGAUGCCUCGGCACUUCGCUACAAAGCUUGACAAGUAUAUGUACAUCCUGCCGUACAGCGAGUUCUUUGGGGGAGUCAGUGGACUUACGGUGGAGCAGUUCCGCAAGAUUAACGGUUUUCCCAAUGCAUUCUGGGGCUGGGGAGGGGAGGAUGAUGACCUCUGGAACAGGGUGCACUUUGCUGGAUUUAACGUGACCAGGCCCGAGGGAGAGAUUGGCAAAUACAAAUCAAUUCCACAUCACCACAGAGGAGAGGUGCAGUUUCUUGGGAGGUAUAAGUUGCUAAGGUAUUCUAAAGAAAGGCAGCAUCUGGAUGGCCUGAAUAAUCUGCAGUAUUCUCCGGAAAUAUCUUUAAGUAGUCUGUAUAAGAACAUCACUGUUAACCUGAGCCCUGAGUUGGCUCCCAUAACAGAGUACUGACCACUCCACCUCCAUUCACCUGUCUUUCACCUGUCCCUCGAUACCCAAGUAUGAUCCAGCACCCGUGGAGUGGGGAGAGGUGCGUGACCGCAACAUAAUGUACCUACUGCUGCCAAGUAACCUUAAAACCAAGAGACAAGAGGUUAAAGGCCUGAAUACUCGAACAGUUGAUUGUGAGUGUGUGGUCGUGUGUAUGUUGGGUCAUACCCAUGUUUUUGUAAGCGUGUGCCUGUGCGUGUCCCACUGCAUGUUUCUGUGUUCAUACUGGCUUUAGCUACUCAACUCACAUCACACUACCAAAAAUGGGAAAAGAAAACCAACGAAAAAGAAUCGAGGGGGAGAGAGAAAGGCAGGGAGUGCCCAGCGUCAACAAAUCAGAUGUUUACUACAAAGCCUUAACUGAUUUUCUUAGGCUAUUAUCACUUUGUGUCUCCAUUUUCAUCUGUGCUGACAAUGUAGAAAGCUCAGUUUUACAGUUCAGCAGCAGCCUAGACGCCAAUAGACAUUUUACAGCACGUUUUGUAUCAUACAGUAGUAUUUUAAGACACAGUAUUUUUUCUUUCUGCAGAUUUGUGUAUGUACUGUACACUUCUGGGUUUUUUUUUUUUUUUAAUUUUGUUUUAUGCAUUGAGAUGCAUUUGGGAGCACUCCAGUGGUGUUUGUCAUGUGAGCGUCAUUGUUUUGCGUUUCUUUUGGCUGUGCAGAGGACUGCUGUGAGCGCUUGCAUGAUCCAGACUGGUCUGUAAAUACCUGCCUCUUUAAUGAUGCUGUUGCUUAGUCCUGUAACGACGCCCAUCAUUCCAGUGCGCACACACACUCUUACUUUGGCAGCUAAGUGUCUGUCUUUCUUUCGUUCUUUUUCUUUUCUAUUCUUUUAAACGGCUAGACACGUUUUGAAUCAAGGACUUAUCCUUAUUAUAAAACUUACUACUAAAUAUUACUUGGGGUUUGGGGACUCUACAGAAUACAUAUAUACAUAUAUAAACAAAAAAACACCAAUAUCAGCUGCAUGCCUUACUUUUUUGUUGCCACAAUUUUUUUAGUUUUGUAUCAUUUGAUGUUUUUGUUCUUGCUUCUGUGUAAUUUAUAGGAAUUUCUUCCUGUCUCAUUUAAAGUGCACUGUACAGAUGAAAAAAUAAAAGGGGUAGGAAGUUAGAGGAGUCAAUUGACUUUGCAGGUCACAAGAAGACCUGCUGGUCAGUGGGGUUCACAGCUGCUAAAAGCCAGAAUACCCUUCACUGGGUUUGGCAUUUUUGUAUGUGAGAAUAACUGUGUGUGUGCGCAUGUUUCUGAGUGAGUGAGUGAGCAAGCGAAUGAAUGAGUGAAUGAUGCUCUAGCUCUGUGUAAUGAAGUACGUUGUGAUGUUGCACUCUAGUCUGACCAUGAGUUGGGCCUGGAUGAGAGAGUGAUAUCAGUAUUACUCUUGAAAGGCAUCAGAACUGAGUUCAGGAGAUGAAGACUUUGUUUUGACCACUCAAAGCUGUGGGAAGUGUAGGCUGUGCUUUUUGUACAUUUUGUUUGCCUUUGUAUAUAGUCUUACUUUGGAGAUGUUAAUGCACCAUAAGUUGCUUUAUUUUUGUGUUUUUUUUUUUCUGGCUAGUAAUAAUUUUGUUAAUUUAUCAUAUCUGUCCUAAGCAGAACUACGUGUGUGUGUGUGUGUGUGUGUGUGUGUGGAGACUCUGCAAAACACACAUCAUCUACCCUAAAGAUCUGACUAUAUCAGCAGUGCACUUUUAGCACUGGCUUAAGUGUCCCUGUAGCUGAGACAUUCUCAAAUUAUGAAGGGCUGGAAAAGAUCUUGGGAACGCUGGAUAAUUUUUCUAUGUUGCACAGCUUGCACAGGAUGAUCUACUAGGGAUGUACCGAUAUGGGGAAAAUAUGGGCCAGUGCUGAUAUUCAGUAUUUUUCAUGUACAUAUGUGCUAUUGCCAAUACCAAUAAAUUGGGACUACACUAGUGAUGCACUGGAAUGGUAAUUUGUGGCCAUAACCAAAAUUCAGGAGACACUAGGAUGGAACUCAAGACCAAGGCAGUAAAUUCCAGUGCUUAGUUAUACUUUGACAAGUUAUGCACUUUGACAAUGUCACUUAUGAAUUUAAUUAUUUCAAAUUAUUAUUUCAGGCUGCAGAGUUUAUUGUGUGGUAUCAGACUUGAAGUGCAAGUGUUUGGGUGUUGUACACCCUCUUCAUACUUGACGCUGCUUGUCUAAUGCCCUUACAGAAAUCGUGAAAUAGUUUCACAUGGCUGACCUUUACUGUCUGUCUGCAGGUGCUCAAACUAUCUUAUGUCUGCACUGACCGAUCCAAGUCUUUUGCUCUCCUGCGCCACCGUUUCUAACUUUCAAUACCAUUACAUUUUUUAAAGUCUUAGAUCUUGAUGCUUCAUUGUAGGCCCAUUUUUUUUCUCAGUCAAAAAUUUCAGCCUUUUUCGUUUUUUUACCUGAAAACUGAAAGUGACAUUUGUUUUAUGUUUUUUGGCUGAACUUCAGUGGCCAAAAUGCUGUAUUUAGGGUUACAAAUGCAGACAUUUUAGCAUCCAUGCAUCACCUGAAAGUUGUGUUCAUCCAGAGUGCAACGGAUUUUAAAAUAUCAAUCACCUUUAAAUAUUUGUCCAGUGCAUGUAUUUUUCUAAAAUAAUCUGCCAAUAAUAAAGAGAUUCCAUAUUUAGAUACAAGUCCCAUAUCGCUGUGCAUCCCUGGGGUUUAGUGUUGUGGUCCUUGUGCAUUUUUGGUGUUUUCCCUGUACACAUUCGAUUUAGCUGAGUUGAAUCAGGUGUAUUAAAGCAAGGAAAACACCAAAAUGUGUAGAGCCGGGGGGUCCUGCAGGAGCAGAACGGAGAGCUACUGAUUUAGUUCAGUUGAAGGUUUUUCAGUUAUUAGCUGUUGCCAUUUGGAGGCGCUGUCGUGUUGGCUCUCCUCACAGAGCACCAAGCUGAGCCAUUGUGCCGAGGCAUGGGCCGUAUGAGUGAACACCUGUCUGAAGCAGUCCCUAGUGCUGAGUCUCAUGUUGUUUACAUUUUUUUUUUUUUUUUCUUAAGCCUCAGACUGAAGUCUGUGUUUGGCCCAUUUAUUAGAGUUAGAGGUUACAUUCAACCAUAAACAUUUGACUACUGGGGAUGAAGAGUCUGUAGGCCCAUGUUCCGCUCUAGAAAUGUGGUUCAAAAGUGAAGGAUGAUGUUGAACUGAAGGAGAUUCCUGGUGCCAAAGUCACCAUUUUCUCCCUUGUUCUUUGUGUAAAUUUCCACUUUUUGCUUUCUGAGUCUGCCUCAAAAGCUUUGUGGUAAAAUGUAGACUGUAAACUUCUCUCCUACCUUUCUAUUCCAAUUUGAUCGUAGGACGUUGAGGGAGAGAAUGUCCAGGAAAAUUGCUGUGACUCAUUAAGGUACAUUACAGAGCUAACUGGGCAUCAAACACUAUAUAAAUAAUUGUAUAAAAGUGUUGAUUUGAGCUUUCUGACCAGCACUGACCCCCCCCACCGCCCCAGAACAUUGAUUUCACUCUUGUUAGGUUUAGUUUGGUGCGAAAGCAGAUUUUUCCCUCACCCUUUGACCGUUUCCAAGCAACAAGAGACGAACAUCAAACUGUGAUUCAUGGUGUAACAGGAUUAUUUCCAAGUACUAUAGGAUACCUUAAGUGUUGACACCAUUACAAGUAAUAUUUACCAGAUUUCCUCCUGACUAGGGCACAGUAUUCUAUGAUCUACAGGCACUGGCUAACAGUAUUUGGUGGCAAUACUGUCAGAUCUUGUGUUCUUAUUGCAAUACAUUGUUACAUUGAUUCACCUUGACAUAAAUUGUAAUUAUCUGUUUUUCUUUGACAUUUUUAUGAGUAACUGGUGAGCUUUCAUCUCUACAAAACCAUGACUGAAAGCUACCCACACCACAUCAAAAACGUUUGUUAAUAAAGAAUUUGGAUUUGAAUCUUGUACUAGUAAGCUAGUAGAAAUGUACAUCACCCUCAUUUGCCAUUAUUAGUAUCUUAUUAAACAUUUUCAUGGUUUAGAAGGUUCAGCCUUCUAUCUAAUCUCUGUAUUACUAAAUUGGCACAUGCCCACAGUGUUUUAUGCAUAUCUGUAUUAUUGAAAGGAGCUAUUGAUCCUUUGACCUGUUUUACUUAGUUGUAGCUAUGAAGGACAUGGUGUUCAGUACUGUGCUCGAUCCGCAGGUUCAGUUUAAUUUUAUCUCAAUUUCAGCCAGUUGCCCCCACAAAAAGAAAACUGUACCUCAUCUCUUGUCCAUUUGUGUUUUUGAAAAAUGAGAAGUAGAGAAUUUUAAAGAGGUGUUCACAUUACAGAUUUGUAACAUAGUGUUACAGUUUUUUGCAGUAUUCAUAUUUGUGCCUUGAGUUUUUUUCUUUAUUUUACACAUUUGCAUUAUUGGGGUUGAGAGAUGCAGUGAGGUGGUUGUGGAUAAUAAAAUGAUGAGUGCACGGUUAUUUUUCAGAAGUUUUAAUUUGAAUCUGGAGAUAUGUGUAUGUAGACCUCUGAAGCGUCUGAUUGAUGAACUGGAGCAGAAAAUCAGGAGGAUGCUUUCUUCUGUGUCUUUGUUACUCCAUUUCUGAGGGUCCACUUUUGCUGUAACACCAGUUUCAGAAGCAGGAUGUCUUGAGAUGGUGACUGCUAGAACUGACAUGUACAAUCCUGGUUCCAGAUCUUUGUUUUGCCAGUCUGUUCACUGCGUUGCUGGUUUGUUCACUGCAUUACGCUCUGUAAUGAUCAUUAAAAAGAGUUUAUAGUUGAAAACA